GUGAUAUUGAAGAUUUCUUUAUGUCGCGUUUAAGCGUACCUCCCAAGUCUGGGAAAUUACCUAACCAGGCAGUUUCGAAACAAUCUGCGAAUAUCAAUCCAAAGGUGUUUUUUGAAAUCAGCAUCGAUAAUAAAAAUUCCGGGAGGAUUGUGAUGGAGCUUUAUGCCGAUACCGUACCUAAGACCGCAGAAAACUUUCGAGCGUUAUGCACUGGGGAAAAGGGGAAAGGGAGAAGCGGAAAGCCACUUCAUUACAAAAAUUGCCCAUUUCAUCGUAUUAUACCUGGAUUUAUGAUUCAAGGUGGUGAUUUUACGCGCGGCAAUGGUACAGGUGGAGAGUCCAUCUAUGGCACCACAUUUCGAGAUGAAUCUUUUGCUGGAAAGGCUGGUAAGCACACGGGGUUGGGUUGCCUUUCCAUGGCCAAUUCUGGGCCAAAUACGAACGGAUCUCAGUUCUUUAUAUGCACCGCUCCAACGCCUUGGCUGAAUGGAAAGCAUGUUGUCUUUGGUAGGGUUGUGGAAGGUAUCGAUAUUUUGAAGCGUAUUGAGCGCCUUGGAUCUGCAUCAGGGCGGACACGCUCCCGCAUUGUUAUAGCGAACUGCGGUGAAAUAAACUCCGGUAUUGAAGCCCUUGAGGUGGCACCGCCAUAUGAAGACGUUGCCAGGAAGAAAAAGUCAUCUCAAGAGAAAAAUUCAAAUGAGUGCAAGGCUGCUUUGGCCUCUCAAAAGGAGAAAUCAGCACCGGUGGGGGAUAAGGUGAACACAGCGACGACAAAGGCUGCUCAUAACAAAGAUGUCAGUGAAGCGCCGGCUCCGAGUUCUACGAAGAGACCUAGAGAUGACACAGAAGAAGAGCGUCGUAAAGGCAUUCGUGCCAAAAAGGCAAAGAUUGCCCAACUCCGAGCCGAGCUAGACUCUAUGUCUGCGUGAGUUAUGCUUGUCUAAGUUUAUCCCGUUUAAUAAGCUAAUAUAUUAAUAUAAACAUUAUUGACAUUUGACGAGGGAUGCGCAAUCCAUAAUCGAA